AUGGUCUCCCCCAUCCCCACCCUCCUAACCACCCAAUUCCUCUUCUCCCACCUCCUCCAAUCCGCGCGCCUCCCCCGACUCAUCCUCCACAAAACCUCCAACGCCGCCCCACGACAAGAUCUCGCCAACUUCCCCCCCAAAGAUCUCUCCCCUUCCACCAUCAACAUGCUUUUGCGCUGGGAAGCCGCCCAACAAAACGCUCUAGACAAUUUCCCCCUCUUUGCGGCGGCAAUCCUCUUUGCAUCUUUCAGAGGCGUCUCCGAAGACACCAUUGCGAGCGUGGGCUGGUCCUAUGUGGGGAUCCGAUUGGCGUAUUGGAUUGCCUAUGUGGGAACCGAGAGUGUGAAGUGGAGUUAUGUGAGAAGUAACAUUUGGUGGGUGGGAAAUGGACUUUGUUUUUGGUUGUUGAGGGAGGGGGGUCGGGCUUGA